GGUCGGUCGUUGCAGAUAAGGGGACAGACGAUGGCGAGCACGCGCUGCCCGCAGUGCUACCUCGGCAAGUGCAAGGUGCACGUCGCGGCCGCCGGCGCCGUCUCGGCCAAGGAGCUCGCGCUCCAGCGCAUGUACGACACGAUGGUCGGCAGCCAGCUGGCCAAGCUGCGCAAGGAGACGAGCGAAGCCACGCUCGAAGCCAAGUCGUCCAAGUACAAGGACGACCUCGACAAGGUCCGCGAGAAGAAACGCAAAUCGUCCAAAAAAUCUUCGUCGAAAGCCAAGGAUGUGCACAGCGGCAGCGGCCUCAACCCGCAGGCGCUUGCGGCCAUUUGCAGCAGCGACUCGGAGGACGAGGCCAAGCGCGCGAAGAAGAGCAGCAAGAAAAAGGCCAAGAAGAGCAAGGACAGCAAAAAGAAGAAGCGAAAACGGUACGACAGCAGCGGCAGUAGUGAUAGCAGCGACAGCGACGACGGCCGCGCGGCCAAGAAGCACCACAAGCGCCGCGACUAAGGCGGCCGCCGUUGCAAGAAAAGGUUUGUAAAGCCAACGAACAGUUGGAGAUUGCUUGUCAAACACUGAAGGACGAUAAGACUACGUCAAAAACAUAGUCUUAUUGUCAGUAAAACGAGCGACGACUUACGUACGGCAAACACUUUGCAUAUCAACGCGAA